AUGUCCAAUUCAUCCUUGGCCAAACUGGCCAGUGUCGAUUCAGUCGAUCCUGAGAGAAUGGCAGGCCCCUCAGCUGAGGAAGCCGAAGUGCGAGAAGGUCACGGCAGUGAGCCACCGUGUUCAGCGCGAUGCGAGAAGGUCACGGCCUUGCUGAGCACCCAAGGCACUGAACGGUCACGGAAAUCCCCCAGCCCUGAACGAACUCCUGCCAUAGUAAGCACCUUGGACCUUGCUGCUAACAAGAAGCUACUAGUAACAAGGUGCCUUACUACUAGUAGCUUGUUACUAGUCUGUGAAAUUGGCCGAAAGGCCGAAAGGUGGGCACAUGUAAAAGGCGAGGGGUCCAUGGCCACGUGA